GCAGAAAAACAAGCUGGUGAAGACAUGGUUGAAUUAGGCAGCAAGCAAAGGCACCAGAUGUUGAGUAGUAAUAAAGAAGUGCUUCUGCGGAGACUGAGCUGUUUGACCCGAGAGAACAUGACUAAACUGAAGGAGAGUGAGGCCCGGGUCUCAGAGCAGCAAUGCAGCCUCCAGAGGAUCAUCACUGAGCUGGAGAAGGAGUGCAAAGAACCUGCCUCAUCACUACUGCAGAAUGCAAGAUAUAAUUUAGAAAGGAGUGAGUCACUAUUGCUUCAGUGCCUAAAGUCUGCUCAUAUCACAGACCUGAGUUCUUGCCAGAUAAAAGGAAUGAGCAAAAUGCUAGCAGUGUUCCAAA